AUGAAGUUCUGGAUCUUGCUGGCGCUCCUUGCCGUGCUCGAUGCUGUUGUCAGCUACGGUAUGGAUGUCAGUCAGGAAUGGCUGAAGGGGAUGGGUCUGAAAGUUGCAUGCGAUCCAUCACGUGAAACUCCCUGUGAACACUUCGAUACUCUUGAUAACCCUUUUGCAUACAUAUUUUACAGCGUAGUCAUGGUAGUCUUGUCCAAUCUAAUCUGCCAAGGUCUCUCCACCGAAGCGAUCGGGUCUGGAAUUCCUCAAGUGAAGACGAUCCUUGGUGGUGCCUCCUUACCAGGCACAUUAAAACCGAAGACGUUCGUUGCCAAGUGUGUUGGGCUCACUUUGGUCCAAGCGGGAGGCCUAUGGGCUGGUAAAGAGGGCCCUUACGUACACAUAGCCAGCUGUCUAGCCUACAUGCUCACUAGUCUACCACUCUUCCGAUCAUGUCGGCAAUCCCGGACGAGGUGGAUGCAGGUCCUCAGCGCUGCUGUAUGCUGUGGCGUGGUGUCGACAUUUGGUUGUCCGUUCGGUGCCCUGUUGUUUUCCAUAGAAGUCACAGCGUCAUUCUUUGUGGUACAUCACUUGUGGACUAAUAUGGUCUGUGUCCUCUGCUGUGUGAUCACCGUUAAAGUCCUCCAGGUAGGUUAUCGAGAUCGCUCCAUUUGUGACUAUUACUCUCAGGCUUCCAACACGGUCGAUCUAUUUGAUUCGAUUGACAAUCUACCCGUCUGGGACAUCUCGUGGGAGCUAAUUAACUUUGCAUUGUUAGGCGUUGUUGCGGGUCUAACCGGUGGUCUCUUUGCGUGGAUCCUGACGAGAAUGCUCAACGCCACGAAGAAGUACAAGACCACGAGAAUACGGCAGGUGGGUCCCAUCAUCGGAGUUGGCCUUAUCCCGAAGGAUACCAGCAUGCUCAAGAUGUCUGUUACUCAGAUUCUGUUCUGCGCUGUGUCUGCAGCGCUGGUGGCAGCCACUGAUUACAACAUUCCAUGGCUACGCAACUGCGAUAAGUUUACAAUCAAUGAGCUCUUCUCGACCCAGGGACCUCUAGAUUGGGAUCCAUAUCUGUUCUUCGUCCUCAUUAUAAAGUUAUUAGGUAUCGCUGUGACAAUAUGUCUCCCUGUGCCCGCUGGGGUCUUCGCACCUACUUUCCUUGCUGGCGCACUACUCGGAAGGUUUUAUUACCUUGUCACCUUUACUAUCGGUGAUUCGACUAAGCUCUUUACGUUUGAGAAACCUGCCAACGCCUAUGCUAUUGUUGGGGCCGCGGCACUCUCUGGAGGAUUCACCCGCUCCAUCUCAACUGCUGUCGUGGUCUUCGAGCUCACGAACAACCUUUCUCUGUUGGUACCUGUCAUCACUGCGGUUCUUGUCGCUUACACCGUCAACGGUGCUCUCAUGCCUAGUUUCUACGAUAUCAUGCUCAUCUUUCGAGAGCUCCCAUACACUCCCGCCCUACUGCGAGACGACCAAUAUGCUGUUUCUGCUAAGGACAUGUUGGAUCCUAUAGAUCCUCGUAAAGUCGUGUGCCUUCGCGGUACGACUAUGCGAGAGCUCGAGGAGGUCUCGAGAUACUAUCUUCAACCACCUAAAGAUCAAAUGCGACAUCACUGCCCUGUUGACCCGUAUGUCCCAGUGGUACAGUACCAAGCAGGUCGGCCUGUUCUCCGUGGUACCGCUAAGGCCUUGGACCUUGAACUGGUAGCCUCUGAAUCUUAUGAUAUGGGCGAAGACCCGGAAUAUACUCUUGUGGAUUGGACAGCACUCGCUGAUCUCAUUGAUUGGUCACCACUUGUUGUGGGACCGAACACACCAGCUGCUCGGUUGCAUUUCAUAUUUACAAUGUUGGGCUUGGAACAGGUAGCUGUGAUAGACAUAGAUGGUUUAUCCGAGCCACCCCCGCCUACUUUACACUUGAACAAUAACAGCUCACACACUGGUAGUUUUAUGCCAGCACAUGUCAACGGUGCUACACUACUAGGUAUCAUUGAUAAAGAUAAGUUCAACUAG